AUGUACCAAACCCUGCAGUUUUCAAGGCAAUCCUCCGGGAAACGACAUGGGCAAUCGUUGAUGGCGACCGACGACAACGGCCCUACACACCAUUCACGCCGAUUAUUUAUCAUCGAUGGGUCAACAAAGGUGAAAUAUCUUAUAGACACUGGUGCCGACCUCUGUGUAUUUCCGCGUUCGUUGCUUCCGGACCCGAGAGAAAAGUCCAAUUACGAACUUUCCGCUGCAAACGGUACCAUCAUAGCUACCUACGGUACAUUGACGUUAACCCUCGACUUAGGACUCCGACGACAGUUCACAUGGCGUUUUGUUGUGGCUGACGUCUCAAAACCAAUUAUCGGCGCUGACUUCCUGUCUCAUUUUGGUUUGUUGGUCGACAUGAAAAACAAACGUCUUCUGGAUUCAACUACUCAUCUCACGUCCCAAGGGAAGGUAAUUGAGUGUAAGCUACCAUCUAUCAAGACAGUUUCAGGUUCGUCACCAUUUCACGACCUGCUGCAACAGUUUCCGGGAACAACCCGACCAGGAGGAACUCCCAGAAUUGCAGCCCAUUCGACGAAGCACCACAUCGUUACCACUCCCGGACCUCCCGUCGCGCAAAGACCAAGACGACUUGCUCCCGACAAAUUGAGAGCAGCUAAAUUAGAAUUCGAGGCCAUGGUUAAAUUGGGGAUCGCUCGUCCUUCUAAGAGUCCCUGGGCAUCACCGCUCCACAUGGUUCCGAAAACAAGCGACGAGUGGAGACCCUGUGGGGAUUAUCGCGCCCUUAACGCCAGGACGUGUCCUGAUAGAUAA